AUGGAUGGCUUAUCUCCUAUGCCUGAUAACGCAGAUGACAAGCUGCCCACUGAAGCUCUGCGCUGGGCCGUCCUUGCAGAACUGCGCCUGGCCAACGGGCCCAGCCGGUGCCAGGGCCGCGUGGAGAUCCUCUACAACGGCUCGUGGGGCACAGUGUGUGACGAUGACUGGGACAUCGUAGAUGCCAACGUUGUGUGUCGGCAGCUGGGCUGCGGCCAUGCCAUCGCCCUGCCAGCACCCAUGACCUUCGGGCAGGGGAGCGGGCCCAUCUUCUUGGACAACGUGGACUGCAAGGGCCAGGAGGCGGCACUGAGCGAGUGCUGGAGCCACGGAUGGGGCAUCCACAACUGCUACCACUACGAGGACGUGGCUGUGGUCUGCAAUGAGCUCUCCCCCACAUCAGCAAGCGAAGGACCGACCAGCAGGACUGCUACAGCCUCGGUGCAGAAUGGGGAAGGUGACGGCCGCAUCCGGCUGGUGAGCGGGGCAGAUGCCUGCCAGGGCCGCGUGGAGAUCUUCUACCAGGGGAGCUGGGGCACAGUGUGCGACGACGACUGGGGGCUGAGCGACGCCAGCGUGGUCUGCAAGCAGGUGGGCUGCGGCCAGGCUCUGGAGUACAAAAGCAACGCCUAUUUCGGCUACGGCACGGGGCACAUCCUGCUGGACAACGUCAACUGUGAGGGCAGUGAGCCCAUCCUCUCCGCCUGCUACAGCCUCGGCUGGGGCAUCCACAACUGCGGCCACCACGAGGAUGCCGGGGUCAUCUGCAUGGUUAUGCCUCUCCCCACCCUCCCAGGGACUCCCCCAGCCGCUCCCCACCCCUUUUUCCACCCUUCCCCCCGCCUCCUCCCCUUCCCUUCCCCCCCCUCCCGUUUCCCGCAGUGGCUGUGCGGGCGCCCACCCGCAGGUGGCGGCGUGCGGUUGGCGAACGGCAACGGGAGCUGCCGCGGUCGGGUGGAGGUGCGGCACGGCGGGACGUGGGGCACGGUGUGCGACGACGACUGGGACUUCCCCGACGCGCAGGUGGUGUGCCGGCAGCUGGGCUGCGGGCCCGCCGUCUCCGCCACCGUCCUGGGUUCCUUCGGGUACGGCAGCGGGCCCGUGCUGCUGGAUAACGUGGGGUGCGACGGGCACGAGAUGCGCCUGGCCGACUGCUUCCACCUGGGCUGGGGGCAACACAACUGCGGCCAUCACGAGGACGCGGGCGUGGUGUGCCGAGGUGCUGAUGACUCAGGAGACCACUUCCAAGAAGCCACCGCUGCCACCACCACGUCAGCCCCGACCCAUCUGGAGGAUGGGUUCUUGCGCCUGGUGAACGGCAGCCACCGGUGCGAGGGCCGCGUGGAGAUGUUCUACCUGUCCCAGUGGGGCACGGUGUGUGACGAUGCCUGGGACCUGCGGGAUGCCAAGGUGGUGUGCAGGCAGCUGGGCUGUGGGCACGCUGUGGCAGCGUGGGGAGAAGCACGCUACGGCCCCGGCACCGGUUACAUCUUCCUCGACAACCUCAAGUGCAAGGGCAGCGAGCCCUCACUGCUGCGCUGCUCCCACAUCCGCUGGGACGUCCACAACUGUGACCACUCGGAGGAUGCCAGCGUGGUCUGCAGCCUCCUAUGACCACCCACCCGCAGGGACCAUCCUGGAGCCCAUGGAAGUGCAUGCAUGGCUCCUCUGCAGCGUGAGGUGCUGUGUUCUGCAAUGUUCUGUGACGGAGCGCUGUUUCCACCUGAG